ACACCUGACGUUCUAGAACAUUUAUCUCAAAGAACUACACAGAACCAUAAAGAUGGUAUAUUUGGUGAAGAGUUUAGAAAGAAAGUUAGGGAGAUAGAAGGAAGAGAACCUAUUGUACAUGACCUUGCAAACGAAAGUUUACAAAAUGUCAUAAAAACUUACUUUGCAGACAAUGAACUGAGAAGGGAUGAAUAUUUAAGAAAACUCAAAUGGACAGUACCAAAUGAAAUGUUAGUAUUGAAAAACAUGUUCCUUGACAAAAUAAAACCAACUACAGAAAUAAAUGACGCAAGACUGAAACAUUGGGUAAAAGCUUUCCCAUUCACAAAAGAUAUUAUUGGUAACAUGGAAAGAAAACCAGAAUGGCUACAAAAACAUAUAUUUGGAAACGAGCAUAUUCCAUAUGGACAAGCUAUAUUUGAAGAGCUUGAACCGGAAACUCAGGAAAGAGUCAUGCAAACAAUACGCGAAGACUCAAAUACAAACUAUGACAAAAUCUUUCUAGGAUAUAGGUUACCUGAGAUGGGCGACCAGAGCCCAAAGGCAAAAAGGACAUGGGAAAUUUACAACAUACUAGGUGAACAUGAGGCAAAGAUGCAACAACUUGAAGCAGAGGGCAAGUUACCAAAAGCGACACCAAAGAAGAAGAGUAGAACAAAGUGA